AUGUUGCUCAAUGCUGAAACCGCCCUCUCAACUUCCAAAGUUCUCUUAGUCCCGUACUCGACAUGGCACGUUCCCCGCUACCAUGAGUGGAUGCAGGACGAGGAAAUCCAAGAAGCAACUGCCUCAGAACCAUUAUCUCUCGAAGAGGAAUAUGCCAUGCAGUGUAGCUGGCGCCAAGAUGCCGAUAAGCUCACAUUCAUCGUCUGCCGGCCAGUCUCUUCGCCCAGCGAACAAUCUAUCCAACUAUCUGCCGAGAGUGAUUCCUCCCAAAACAUGGUCGGAGAUAUAAAUCUCUUUCUUCGCGUGGACGACGGUGAAGAUGGAGAUGCACCGCCCGAAAUAGUCGGAGAAAUCGAGCUUAUGAUCGCCGAGAAAGUGAAUCAAAGACGAGGCUUUGGCAAAGCCGCAUUGCUCACUUUCCUGCUGUAUAUUGUUGAAAGACAAACCGCUAUCAUUGAGGAAUUUGUGAAUGCCGAUAUGCAUGCAGAGACAGUGGGCAAGUUGAGAGCUGCGCGGGCGAGUCUGGGGUUCUCUUGUUUGAGUGUUAAGAUUGGACAGGCGAAUUCUCGGAGUUUGGCGCUGUUUGAGAGUCUUGGGUUUAAGAAGGUUUCGGUUGAGCCGAAUUUCUUUGGGGAGUUUGAGUUGAGGAGGUCGGAGUUGGAGAUGGGGUCUGUUCAGGAGAUGCUCACAGGGGCUGGUGUGAAUGAUUAUCGGGAGGUACUUUAUACGCGGAAAGAAUAG